AUGGCAUGGUGCAGUCAGGACCGGCGCUGUAAGCGGCUGCAGCUGCAGGACCUGCUCAUCGCUCCAAUGCAGCAUUGCAUGAAGCUACCGCUGCUGCUCAAGGACAUCAAGAAGUACACGGAAAACAACGAGGAGAAGAACCUAAUCACAGACCUCGUCAAACAGGUCGAGAACUCCCUCAGGGAUCUGGAUGACAAAAUCAAAUGGCUGAAAGACUUUGAGCGGCUGCAAGACCUACAGAAGCGGAUUAUUUGGCCUUCGGUGUUGGACCUGGAACCCAAGACGUUCAUUCCCGAGUGUCUAAAGGCUAACCUCAGCAAGCAACCAUGCGAACGAUUGCUAGCAAGUCCGAAGCGCCACCUGUUGUACGAAGGAGUUCUAACAUUAAUGGAGAACAGCAACAAGGGAACGGAGCUGAAUCUGUUUCUCUUCGAUGACAUGUUGCUCAUCACGAAAUUGAAAAAGUCUCUGAGCAGAAAGAAACUCUCAACGGAAGCUCCCUUCGGCGUGAAGAACGUCGACAGCCCAUCGUUCGUCGUGCAGCGGCAGCCGAUGCCUCUGGACAGACUCAUACUGAAGGACCUCACGGCUGCCGACUUCUCGUCCACGGGUUUGAAAUACGCGUUCGUAGUCGUACAGACGACACGGUUCGGUCAGAUCACCGCUGUCUACACAUUCCAAGCGUCCAACGAAACAAUGAAGAAAGCAUGGAUUCAGAAGCUCAGGGCAGCGACGGACAAGUGGAAGUACGAGUUGGCUUCGCGAUUCAUCUCCCGCCGUAAAUCGAGCGCGAGCAGCACGUCUACGACGGCGUCGCGCCGCAGCUCCGUGAAAUCCGAGUCCGACGACAGCCGACUGCAGCCGUCCACCAGCGUGCGCUCGCGAGGCGAACUGCAGCGAGCUUCUAGUCACAGGUUAAGAUCGUCGGUAAAUGGGGUCAUCGAGGCGCGGAAGUGGGAAUCCCUCGACGGACAGGGACGGCUGCCGCCGUAGCAACGGGACGCGCGAGACGUCAAUGGUGCGACGAUGGCGUCGUCUGAAGACGGCUGGUUAGUGACGACGGCUCAAUUAAUAAUGCGGCACACGAUAACAUAGAAUCGAUCGACGAUAACGAUUGAAUGCACGAGAAUAGUAAUCGAUGUCACGAGACAUACCGGUAACGUCAACGAGCUACCUAAUGUAUACGUUUCCUCCUUCCCGCCUCCCAUCAGAGCGACGUAUGUUGAGAUAGUAUCAUAAAUUCAGAUAUCAGAUAUUUGAUACAUAAUAUCUUUAUACACGGCUCUGAUGGCGAUAAAGAAAAGGCGCCCUAUCGCGGCCGAAACGUUCGCGAUUCUGCCUCGGCACGAGUUACUGGCUCAGUAACGUCACAGACUAACGUCCACGCCCACGUCCGUUAGUCUGUGGUAACGUGUACAUCAGUUUCUGUACUUCAGUUUUCUGUGUAGGAAUACGAUAGAGAAAAGCGAGAAAUAGUCUGAGAGAGAGACGAACAGAGAAAGGGAGAG